AUGAUUUUUGGAAAAACAAAAAAGAUUGCUUAUUCUGGUGAGGAGCCAACAGACCAUCUAGCAGACAGCUCAAAUAAUGAUGGGGCAGACACAACGAACAACAGCGGCAGAGCCAAAAUAGUGAGUGUAUUUUCCGCUUCUAAAGUUUUGACAUUUGCUCUUCUUUUGUGGCUAGUACAGUGUUCCAUCAUGUGCUCGGGAGGGUUCAUGGGGGAUCACUACAACAGGGGCAGGACAGCUGCUGUGAGAUCCAGUAGACUAUUAGGACAACCAUUCGUCCAAUUCGACGAUGUGUUCGAUCUCUAUCAGAAAAGCUUUUUAGACAAAAUGGGAUGCGAUAGCAAUCAGCAGGAUCAAAUUAGGACUAUGAUGAAAUCAUAUUUCGAUAAAAUAGAUUUUGAAGCCUUAGCUCAUCAAUUUCAACAAAACCCUUGUAGCAUCCUACAGUGUCCACCCGGAAUACCCACAAUGGCUGGAAUGACUGGAACGCCAGGAAUACCUGGAAUGUCGGGAAUGCCUGGAGCUGGAGGGUUCUUACCUGAAUUCCCCGGAAUGUGCGAACCUUCCAAUCUUUACAUGCCACCGUCAUCAGAUCCAGAGGCGAGUAAGGAAGCACAACCGAAGAAGAAGGAGGGUGAACAGGGUACUUCAAAUGAUGGUGAUGAACAGGAAACAGGAGAAGAACAAAAUGAAAAAAGACAGGAUCAAGGAAAAAAACAGAUAACAACCCCAACUGAUAAUAGUAAGCCUAAGAACCUUUCACAGUAUUUGAACUUUUUCAAUUUCUUGUCGUCCCCUUCCUUCCUUAUCUCGAGCUCAGUUAUAUCAGCAUAUUUCGGACAGUUUCAUGUUACUAUGGCUGCAUUAUUCAUAUUAUUUUUGAAAACAUUGAAUUUUUUCUGGAACCUCAAAAUGAUGCACGAUAUGUUAUUCCCAAAACCAAAAUAA